CCCGCCGAGCCGCAGAUCCUCAAGCCUCUGCCUGUCUGCAGCCGCGCUGGAGCCCCGCGGGUCUGGAUCAGAUGUGGGAGACCAAGUCCUGUUGAAAGUGCAUAGAGCCCAACCCAGGCAUUCUUUGUCCCCAAAAGGCUCCAUGCAAGUGCCACAGGAUGGAGAAGACCUCACCCAUCAACCCUGGUACCAUGGUGCCCUGUCACGCCAGGAUUUUCAGGAUGUCCAGUUGACGGAACACAGAAACCAUACGAUUAUGCAGCAGCAUUUCAAGAAGGCUGAAGCUCUUCUUCUCCAAGAUGGUGACUUCCUGGUUCGUGCCUCUGGGUCCCGUGGGGACCACCCUGUGAUCUCAUGCCGCUGGCGGGGGUCUGCUCUGCACUUCGAGGUGUUCCGCGUGACCCUGCGUCCCCGACCAGGCCGGCCUGCGGCCCUCUUUCAGCUGGAGGAAGAGAGAUUCACAAGCAUGCCAGCACUGGUACACAGUUAUGUGACUGGCCGGCGCCCACUGUCCCGAGCCACAGGGGCUGUGGCCUCCAGGCCUGUGAUCCGUCAGGGGCCUCUGCAGCGCAGCUUUAGUGAGGAUACCCUUCUGGGCAUCCCAGUUCGGAUGGAAUCUUUCAGGGCUAGGAAGUGGAGCAACAGUCAGCCCGCAGACUUGGAGCUUUCGGGCCAGGACACAGAAGCCCACGUCGGACCAGGAACCUCCACUAGACCCCUAUCUGCCCUGCUCCGGAUGAGCAGCGAUCCGGUUUUGCUGAAGAUCCCAGCUACCUUGGGGACCACUGCUGACAGCCUCAGAGCCUCCGAUGGGCAGCUUCAUGCCAGGGCACCAACCAAGCCGCCCAGGACACCCUCCCUGACACUUCCUGACGCCUCUAGACUUCCUACAACGUACUGUGAGCUGAUUCCCCGUGUGCCCAGCGCCCAGGGAACAUACCCUGGCCAAAGUUGUUCACAGCCGGAGGCCCCGUGGUGGGAGGCUGAAGAGGACGCAGAGGAGGAGGAGGGCUGGAGUUUUGCAAAACCACAGGGCGAGGUUUCUUUUUGCCCGCCUGACAAGCCCUCCUGCCUGCUGGGCCCCCAGAAUCGGCCCCUGGACCCCAGCGUUCUGCGUACCCUCCGAGGCUUGUUCUUGGAGCACCAUGCUGGGAGCACCGCCCUCCACCUGCUGUUGGUAGAUUGCCAGGCUGCAGGCCUCCUGGGAGUGACCAAGGCUCAGCGAGUGGCCAUGGGGGUCUGCUCUGGCCUCGAGCUGAUCACCCUUCCCCAUGGGCAUCGUUUGAGGUUGGAACUGCUGGAGAGGCUGGAGACCCUGGCGCUGGCUGGGGCGUUGGCUGUCUUGGGGUGCACGGGGCCGCUGGAGGAGCGAACAGCCGCACUGAGGGGCCUCGUGGAGCUGGCGCUGGCGCUGCGGCCCGGGGCGGUAGGGGACCUGGCCGGGUUGGCCGCAGUCAUGGGAGCCCUGCUCCUGCCCCAGGUGUCGCGGUUGGAGUGCACUUGGCGCCAGCUCCGACGGAGCCACACAGAGGCUGCGCUGGCCUUCGAGCAGGAGUUGAAGCCACUGAUGCGGGCUUUGGAUGAAGGUUCAGGUCCCUGCGAGCCCGGCGAGGUGGCGCUGCCGCACGUGGCCCCCGCGGUGCGCCUGCUGGAGGGCGAAAGUCCGGAGGGGCCGCUGGAGGACAGCUGCGAGCGGCUGCUCCGCACCCUGCAGGGGGCGCGAUGCAUGGCGCGCGACGCCCCGAAGUUCCGCCGGGUUGCUGCUCGGCGCCUGCGAGGAUUCAGGCCUAAUCCGGAGCUGAGGGAGGCGCUGACCACCAGCUUUCUGCAGAGGCUUCUCUGGGGAAGCCAAGGAGCAGGGGCACCGAGAGCUGAGCGCCUUGAGAAGUUCCAGCGUGUCCUCAACAUCCUGUCACAGCGCCUAGAGUCUAGCCACUAAGAAGAGCACUUUAGACCCAGGUGUCCCAGGCUGCCAGGGGUCAACUCAGACCAGCACACUAGGAGACUGAGGCAGGAAGAUCAUAAACUGGGGCUGGGCUUGGCAUUCUAAGCACCUGCCUGGAAAG